UAAUAUGAUAGAGUGGGUUGUCAUGAAUGUUACUUGACAUGAUUGGUUUGUCAUGCUUGGAUAUUUUUAUAUGUAGCCUGUGCUAAAAGAAGGUUGAAGAGUUUAUAGGCGGGCUUUGGAGAAGGCCCCGACCCUAAUAGUAUAAAAUUUUCUCCCCCUCCUCGUUCUGUCUUUGUUCUUGAAAAAAUAAUAAGGAGAGUUAUAUCUGAUAUCAAGAAGAGAGGACAUCAUGUGGAUAACGCGCGCUCUAAAUCCCGCUUUGACAUGCAAAUUAGCGAAGGUUUUAAACAGAUUUGGAGGGCCACUUCCGACGCCUGGAAGCUGCUCUUUGUUUGCUUCGCGGUCUGCAUCUUCUUUCCAGCAUGCAUGCACGCAUGACCCCGAGAGUAAUAGGAGUGAUGAAGACAAUGCUGAUAUCAAUUGGGAUGACCUUGGAUUUGGUCUUGUUCCAACUGACUACAUGUAUGUCAUGAAAUGUUCCCAAGAUGACACAUUUUCAUAUGGAGAAGUCAACCGAUAUGGGAACCUUGAGCUGAGCCCAUCUUCUGGAGUCCUAAAUUAUGGACAGGGUCUCUUUGAAGGUCUAAAAGCAUACAGGAAAGGAGAUGGUUGUGGUUUCUUGCUCUUCAGGCCAGAGGAGAAUGCACGGCGAAUGCAGAUGGGAGCUAAGAGGAUGUGCAUGCCAUCUCCAUCUGUUGAUCAAUUUGUUAAUGCAGUGAAGCAAACAGUAUUGGCGAACAAGCGCUGGGUUCCACCCCAGGGAAAAGGGUCCCUCUAUCUCAGGCCUCUGCUCAUGGGGAGUGGGCCUGUAUUGGGCUUGGCUCCAGCGCCUGAGUACAUGUUCUUAGUUUAUGCUUCACCUGUGGGAACUUAUUUCAAGGAGGGUUUGGCUCCAAUAAACUUAAUCAUAGACGAUGAAAUCCAUCGUGCCACUCCUGGUGGGACUGGUGGUGUGAAAACAAUUACCAAUUAUGGUCCGGUUUUGAAGGCGCAGGUACGGGCUAAGUCAAACGGAUUUACAGAUGUUCUAUUUCUUGAUUCUACGGAGAAAAGAUAUUUGGAGGAGGCCUCUUCUUGCAAUCUAUUCAUUGUGAAGGAUAAUGUCAUCUCAACGCCGAUUACAAGGGGAACCAUUCUUGCUGGGAUCACACGCAAGAGCAUCAUGGAAAUUGCUGGGGAUUAUGGCUACAAGGUUGAGGAACGACUCGUAUCUGUUGAGGAUCUGACAGCUGCAGAUGAAGUAUUUUGCACAGGAACUGCUGUGGUUGUUGCUCCUGUAGGCAGCAUCACUUAUCAAGGCCAAAGGUAUGCAUAUAAAACUGGAAUUGAAACGGUGUCUCAGCAGCUAUACAGUGCCCUUACAGCCAUCCAGAUGGGCCUUGUGAAAGAUAAGAAAAGUUGGACAGUUGAAAUUGAACAUCAACCCAUAUAAAACAAGCAUUGAGUUGUAUAUAUGCAUCUAUCAGUUUGCAGCCAUACUCAGAAUAUAAAUUGCUCUCUAUCCAUCUCUUCCCCUCAGUUUGGAGAACAAAUAAAAUGCAUCCAUUGUUAGAAUUUAUACGCCGAUACCUGCAAGUGUUGAGUAUUGAAAACAAAUAUUCCUGCUUAACUUAUAUGAUAAUGAUUUUUAUUACCAA